AUUGGACUGUAGCACGAAUGGCUUUUGAUUUGCCCUCAAUGGGUGGCCAGCGUUAAUAAUUGUUGUUAAUGUGAUAGCAAAUGCAGCAUCUGGUAACAAGAGACUAGGUCACCACCACGCUGUCAAAUCGAACUGCGACCCGAGGCAGUAAGGUUAACCAAGAAACUACCGAAAGGAAAGAAAACGAAAGCUGGUUGGCAGACACCAUAUUGCUGUGAACUGCCUUCACCAAGGCGCGACUCAACAAACCAGUUGACAAGCUGCAAACCGUGGUUUCGCGGUAUGGGCAAGAAACAAAGCAAAAAGCUUGAUCCUGAGGUUUUAGGUGAUCUCCUAAAACACACAAAUUUCGACGAGAGAGAGCUCAAGUCUUGGUACAAAGGUUUCCUAAAGGACUGCCCGACCGGUUAUUUGACGAAACAACAGUUUAUAGAGAUGUACAAAAAAGUAUUUGAUAAGGGAGAUGCAUCGCGGCUAGCCGCCUGUGUUUUUCGACGAUUUGAUGUCAACGGAGAUGAAAAAAUUGGUAAGACGCGUAAAUGUUUAUAUCCUAAAAUAAUAUGAGAAAAGGUUUUACUUUAAUUCAUUUCAUUUUAUUUUGUAUUUCGUGAAAGAAAUCCAUGGAAUUAUUUCAUCCAAUUUCUUUUGAUCACAAACUAUUUUCAUUUGUAUAACAAUAGCCUAACACUUUCAUUUUGAAAUAAAGUCUCAGUCGAUAAGUUAAAUUAAAAACAGCACAUCGAGAGAGCAAAUGUCGCCUAGAUAAUACCUUUGUAACUGUUACGGAUUAUGGGAACAAACUAAAGCAUUCUACCGGUAACAAGCCUUUAAAUUCCUCUCGACAACUCUUUAUCAAUUUCGCAGAACAAAAUUUAUUUCCCCAAGAUUCAAAAGAAGACAAAAAUUGCCGAGGAUCAAAACAAAUGUUGCAAAAAAGACUCGUGUUUACAGUGUGUUCCGAAGUGUCAUGAAUAAUUAAACAUUGGUCAGUAAUUGAAUUUUCGUGCCUCUUAUUGCACGAAUAUAUAUAUUUUUCUUUUCAGUGAGGUAGUUUUUCUUGUUUUUGAGAAAGCGGGAAUAUGUCCUAAAGAUACCAUUUCGACAAAAGAGAGCUUAGCAGCGUUAAGAGAAGCGCAAAGGAAAUAUAACAUUAACCCUGUUCAUACGCCGCUGAAGAAAACCAAAACUCGCUAUAAAGUUUUUCACGAAAUUGCCGCUGAUAUUUCAGCAAACGCAUUUUAUCAGUGCCCUCGAAACCAUCGUUCCAAAAGGUUAUCUUAUGCCAGCAACGUACCGCCCAAGUUUUCAACUACUAAUUUCCAUAAACAAUUUUUGUGGAUAUAUAUUUGCCUGAUGUGCCAGAGAAAUAAAUGAAGUUCGGUAAUUGUUAAAAGCGUUGACAAGCAUUUCUCAGACAGGUGCAAAGGGGACGAAAGGUUUUUGUCGGUUGCCAUUACCCCGAAGAGAGCGUUUCGCACGACUUUGACAAAAGUAAAGCUUAGUACGUUCACAAACUAAGAUUUAUCCUCAAAUUAAAGUUAUGCAACAGCGUUAAAAGAGAUUCUUCAAGGAAAUCCAGUCACAUUAUCAACUUCAUAAUCAAUACCUUUCGGAAUAUUAGUUAGUUAAUGCUUUCUAUUUCCAUUUCUGGAGCUGUUUCGUUUUAUUGAGCAGAUGGACGAUGCAUGUAGUUAACAAUUUCUGCACCGAAACUGUCAGAGCAUUUUUUGCCUCAUAAAUGUUGAGUUUACAGAUAAAACAUUUACAUCUCGCUUCCAUAUAACCUUAAGUGUUUCCACUUUGCCGAGGAUUUGCAAUUUACUCCUAGUGAAUUCGUAGACUACCAACAAUGCUGAAACAAUUUGAGUGUAAAUUUAUUAAACAACAUGGCCGUCCAUUUCGAAUUUAAUUCAUAGAUAAAGUCUAUGAAUUUAAAAAUAAACAUCUGAAUUAACAAAAAAUUGUAAAACGUUUCCUUCUUCUUUUAGUUUAAGGGAACUAAAAUGAAAUAAAAAUUUAUGACCUUAAAUAUAUUUAUUUCCAGUAUUCAGCUGAGUAUUAAUUUGGCGCAGUUCAUUAGCGGGAUCGAAGUCGGAGAUCUGAAAUAAAAUGAAGUAAAAAUUUAUGACCUUAAAAAUAUUUAUUUCCAGUAUUCAGCUGAGUAUUAAUUUGGCGGGAGUUCAUUAGCGGGAUCGAAGUCGGAGAACUGUAAACAAUUCAAAUCUGUUUUUGCAAAUUGCUGACGAUUUCAAAUAAAUUAAUUGUGUAAGUAAAGGAAGUCUAAAACUCUGCAAACUAAUACUUUUUUAAAAUCCAAGUGAAACAAAGAAAACUUUCCCAUCAAAACUAGUAUUAUACCAGAACCAUUAAAUAUUAUACUUAUUUUCACUAGCGAGGACUUUUCAAAUGAGAACUGUCUUUUUAUGGUUGCAAGGGGGGCAGUGACAUAGCUUACACCACCCGUCUCCCUGUGGAGGAGAGGAAGUUGGGUUAGUGUAAUUAAAAUGGCUUUUCUUACGUAAUUAGAAAAACGGCCUCAAAUACAGAACAAACACUUUAAAUGGUAGGAAGCAGGAGGAAGCACAAACUUAGUUGUUCACCAGUAAAAAACAAUUCAAGGUGUGUAGGAAAGCCAAAAAAUAAGAAUCCAAUCCAAGGUAGUAUGCCAGGCACUUACUACCAAAACAACAAAACUACUCGUUUUCUGCGUGUCAAAUACUUAACUUGGCGCCGCGCGCCUUGCCUAGCAGUGAAUGAUCGCACCAUGCCUUUUAAAAGUUUUAGAGAAAAUUAUGCGAGCAGUUUAUGUUCUCUACACUUAAAACAGUAUGAUUUACCAAUAAAUUGGUGUAACUUACAGUCUUAAUUACAAGGUUGGAUCUGGUUGUUUGCUUGAGGUAGAGUGCCAGGAAAAUAGUAACGGCGGUUAUUUUGCUUUGUUUGUAACACCUGGCACAUGACCGUGCGAACAAAUUUACAAGCAAUUGCUUUAUUGAAAACUCGAACGUGUUCAUACACCAAAUUAUUACUAAAGUUCUAGUUUACUUUUCUUCACCCCAUUUUUCUCGCGCGCUGGGCCGGAAUCCGCCAAAGAAAAUUUUCCCCAAACCUGCUUCUAGGCUACUCCCUCUAAGAUGCUCUCCAUCAAAGGUACAUACCUACAUACUCACCAGCCUCCCCUCAAAUUUUCUUUCACAGAUUUUCGUGAGUUUAUGUGUUCUCUCUCGGUGUCGACACGAGGGACAAUGGAACAGAAGCUUCGAUUUGCCUUUAGUAUUUACGACGUAAAUGGUGACGGGCAUAUUACAAAGCAAGAAAUGUUCCGCAUCGUCGAUGCGCUCUACAAAACAAUGGGUGAUAGACCAGAGGAAGUCAAGGGCAUACCGAAAUGGGACGAACUUACACCUGAGGAGCGAACGCUUAAGGUUUUCCAGAACUUUGACACAAACAGAGAUGGUGUUUUAUCGUUGUCGGAAUUUAUCGAAGGAGCCAUGCGAGACAAAACACUAGCACUCAUUCUCUCUGGCGAAGGAAGUGAUCAAACAUAAAGCGGUUAUUUUCAUAGCACUGAGCUGCUACAGCUGCCAUGCUACUUCAGGACAUUUUUUAGGAAUUCUUGAGAAGUUCAACUUCACUGCUUUUGAGAAAGAUGCAGGGGUGGCGGACUCCUGGUUUUGGAUAAUUUGAAGUAGUAUAAAGCAUCCUUCAAUACAGAACGGAGGCAUUUUUUAAGAAUUAAAUCAAAGUAAGCUUGCAUGGCAUCCUCCGAUGCACACUAAGAGUUUAUCAGUGAGUUCCAGACGGGAAAUACUGCAGUGUAGAUUGCCCAUUAGUGAUACCGGGGUAGGAAACUGGCAGAGGUCGUGCAUGAAGUGCUCAAUAGGCAGAUCUAGCAAGACAACGCAACGUCAAAAGGGCGCGGGAGGGACCGAACUCGACUUCCGUCAACAAGAGAUCUGGGUAGGAGAUUACUUCUGGGUCCAGUUGUUCAUAGGCCUAUUUCGCUUAACCCGGUUUUCGUUUUUCUCAUGUUCAAAAGUAUUUUCUAGGAUAAUUUUCUCUGUUAUUUUUAGGGCUUCCAAUCGUCAACUUGUAGACAAAGAUAAUUAAAACUGAAAUGCUUUUUAAGCUUUCAAAUCUGAAUUCAAAUCUCGCACUAACCCUGGGUUAUCUUAACCCAGCUUUGAACAACUCGGCCCUUCUGCUUAAUUUACGCGCCACUCUACCAAUUUGGUCAAUUCGGUUUUACAAAUCUGCGCUCUCUUGUUUCGUCACGUUGUUUCUGCUAAAUCUGUCUGAAGUUAUAGAUUUGCCUUGUCCUCGACCGGAGUUUUCCCUGACCAUCUCGGACAAUUCACUUCGGUCACGUAUCCGAGGCGAUACCACGUAAUGAAUUUGAGGGCCAUGAUCUACACUGGAUUCUGAGUCCAGAAAAAGGACUAAGCUGGUCUGCGUUAGAACUAAACUGAAAAAAAGCAUCUCCAAAGUGCAUGUUAUCAUAAACUCUAUGGCGAAAAGCCUUUCUUUGCCGACUGGAAAGAAUUUCCGAAGCUGCUAGGGAGAAAAAAAAAUGCAGUAGUGGGGCGGGUAACGCUUACUAGUUUUUAGGUUCGCAGCAGUUAUUACUCAAAGUUUCAUUAACUCUAACCCUACCCCCAACUGAAUAAAAUAAAACCCAGCAACUGUUAGUGAGCAAAAAUAGCAAAAUCGGACCGCGGUUUUAAUGAUAGUGAUUUUUAAUUAUUGCUGUUACUUGCCGUAUAUGUCUGGAAGCUGAAAAUCUUUGAAUUGCAUGCUAGUGUUUAAGAGCCUUCAUGGCCUGGCUCCAGCAUAUUUACCUAAUGAAUUUAGCCACGCGCGUGAUUUCAAUUCAUGUGACACGCGCGAAAAAGAUUUGCUCCGUCUGCCGCUAGCUCGGACAACUAAGUACCAGGGCUCCUUCAGGUUCAGCCGAGCCAAGAUCUGGAACACGCCUCUUCUCGCCCUGAGGAGCGAGCAUGAUUUAAAUAAGUUUGGGUUUGGCCUAAAAAGGCACUUUAGAUCCAAGCCAAAAUGAGCCUUCA